AUGGAGAAUCUGCCUCAAGAUGGUGAAGCCCAAGGAGGCAAUGGUCCAAGAGCUGAUCCUUUUAGACCACAGCUCCAGCCACAACAUCCACAGCGCCAAGCUCGUGCCAUUGGAGCGUAUGAUCAACCUCAUAUUCAUGAGAACAACAAGUAUCAUGGUCUUGCUGCUGAAGACCCUUUUGAUCACUUGUACAAGUUCGAUCAGUACUGUGGCUUGUCCAAGACAAAUGGUGUUUCUGAAGAUGCUUUCAAGCUGAAGCUAUUUCCUUUCUCUUUGGGAGACAAGUGCAGAAACAGGCUUGAUACUGCCAGCAAUGGUUUCUUCUUGGGGAGAACUGAAGAAGAAGCAGAGGAACUGGUGGAGAACAUGGCUAAGAGCGACUCAGUCUACAGCGAGGAGCAUGAUAGGGUCAACAGAAAUGAUGAUCAACAGACAAAGAAAGAGAUCAAGUCCUUGCAGGAGAAGAUGGACUUGCUUCUUUCUAACCAAGCUAAACAAGAGCAGGUCAAUUUUGUGGGUGAUCCUAUUCAAGAGAUUCCUCCCAAGAUUAAUGAGGUUGAUGGUUUGGAAGGACAAGAAGAGCUGUGCUUCAUCAACAACAAUGGAGGAUACCAGCAGAGGCAAAACACUCAGCAAGGGAGCUAUCAGCCUAGGCAAAACACCCCUCCUGGUUUCAACAAUAACAACAAUCAGUCUACUCAAGCUCAAGGAAGUUCUUCACAAACUCCAGCUUCAGAUACAAGUGUGGAUGCAAUGUUCAAGAAACUUUUGGAUUUUCAGGCCAAGAAUGAGAAGACAAUGGGUUAUGAGUUCACGAAAAUUCACUCCAAGAUUGGUGGAAGUUACAAUGAGCUCAACAACAAGAUCCGCCAUUUGGAGAAUCAGUUUGCUUCAAUGAACUCUCAGCCAAGUCGCCAACAAGGGGCAUUACCUGAAAAGCCAGAGCAAAAUCCCAAGGAGACAAUGAAAGCCAUCACCCUUAGGAGUGGAAAACAGCUACCACCAAGAACUCUCAUUAGGGAUAAUGAUAAGCAAGAUGGGGAGGUGGUCAUCAAUGUGGAUGAUGAUGUGGUUAUUAUGGAUGAGAAGACCAAUGAAGAGAUCUUGGAGAAAAUAGUUGAAGCAAAAGGAAAGGGUAAAAUUGGAGAAGAAAAGAAGGGGGAGAACAAGAAUGAAGUUGCUACUUCAUCAAAAGGAGCUCUAUUCAAUCCUCCUCCCUAUGAACCAAAACUUCCUUUUCCCGGUAGAUUCAAGAGACAGCUUUUGGAGCAAUACAAGGCUUUAUUUGAGAAGCAAAUGAGUGAAGUUCAGAUUACUAUGCCCAUAAUUGAUGCCUUCAUGCUAGUGCCUCAAUACAGCAAGUUCCUCAAGGAUGCUGUAACUAAGAAGAAGAAGGAGAUGGAAGGCAUGGUGGUUCUUACUCAUGAGUGUAGUGCUAUUAUCCAAAGGUUAACCAUCCCUAAGAAGCUUGAAGAUCCAGGAAGCUUUACUUUACCUUGUGCCAUUGGGCAAUUUGCUUUUGAGAGGUGUCUAUCCGAUUUGGGAGCAAGUGUGAGCCUUAUGCUUCUCUCCAUUGCUAAAAGGCCUGGCUUUACACAAUACAAGAAGUGUAGACUCUCUCUUGUGCUAGCUGAUCGCUCAGUGAAGAUUCCCAUUGGUAUCCUAGAAGAUCUCCCUGUUAUGGUUGGAAAUUGUGAGAUUCCUACAGAUUUUUUGGUGUUGGAGAUGGAUGAAGAACCAACAGAUUCUUUGAUAUUGGGGAGACCUUUCUUGGCUACAGCGGGAGCAGUUGUGAAUGUUAAGGAAGGGAAGAUUGAUCUUCACCUUGGAAAGGGAAACAUUCUUCACUUUGACAUCAAGGAGGUGAUGAAGAAGCCUAUUACUCAAGGCCAAGCAUUCUACAUUGAGGAGAUGGAGGUUUUAGCAGAUGAACUUCUAGAGGAGUUGGCACUUGAAGACUCUCUACAACAUGCUUUAACAAUUGAGAGAGAGGUCCAAAUGGUUGAGAACAAGGAAAGUGAUGCUUAUGUGAAGAUGUUGGACUCUCACACUGAGAUUGAUGAUAAAGAAUAG